CUGCUGGCCUCCAGCAACCCCACAUUCUAGUUGUGUGGGAGUGGGGUGUGGCAUGGACCCUGUGGGCUACCACUGCCCUGACCUGCUUCUUCACACACUGGUAUUUGUAUUUGUGGUAAACCCAGUGACACGGGGGAGAUGACAUACAAAAAGGGCAGGACCUGAGAAAGAUUAAGCUGCAGGCUCCCUGCCCAUAAAACAGGGUGUGAAAGGCAUCUCAGCGGCUGCCCCACCAUGGCUACCUGGGCCCUCCUGCUCCUUGCAGCCACGCUCCUGGGCAACCCAGGCCUUGGGGUCAGUGUGAGCCCCAAGGGCAAGAACACUUCUGGAAGGGAGAGUGGAUUUGGCUGGGCCAUCUGGAUGGAAGGUCUGGUUUUCUCUCGUCUGAGCCCUGAGUACUACGACCUGGCAAGAGCCCACCUGCGUGAUGAGGAGAAAUCCUGCCCGUGCCUGGCCCAGGAGGGCCCCCAGGGUGACCUGUUGACCAAAACACAGGAGCUGGGCCGUAACUACAGGACCUGUCUGAUGAUAGUCCAAAGACUGAAGGAUAUGGUGGAGGAUCAGCCCACCCAGGUCCCCUCUGAGCCCUCUCACCUUGUCCUGUGGAAGAAGCACAGGCUCCUGUCCUCAGAUCCCGGGAACCUCAGCAACCUCUGCCGGCUCCUCGCUUCCUCGAUCCAGAAUCCACUCUCCAGUCUCCCUCCCCUGACUCCCUCUGCUGUCCUCCCCUCUCAGGAGAAUAAAGUGUCAAGCAAGAUUUUAGCCGCAGCUGCUUCUUCUUUGGUGGAUUUGAGGGGUGGGUGUCAGUGGCAUGCUGGGGUGAGCUGUGUAGUCCUUCAAUAAAUGUCUGUCGUGUGUCUCAUA